AUGAUCCCUAUCUUCAUUUUUACUAUCCUUUUCACCUUCCUUUUCUUUACAUUUCUUUUUCUUUCGUUUUCUUUUGUUGCCUUUCUUUUUUCUUUUUAUCAUUUCUUUUACUUUUCCUUCUAUCUUCUUUUCUUUUCUUUCUUUAUUCUUGAAUCAUUUCUUUCUUUUCUUUUUCCUUCUAUUUUUCUUUCCUUUUUCCUUCCAUGUUCUUUUCUUCCCUUUCUUUUUCUUUCUAUCUUCUUUUCUCCCCCUUUUUCUUCUAUCUUUUCUUCACAUUCUUUUCCUUUUAUCUUCAUUUCUUCUCUUUCUUUUUUCUUCAGUCUUUUAUUCCCUUUCCUUUUCUUUCUAUUUUUCUUUUCUUUUUCUUUCUAUCAUUUCUUCAGAUUCUUUUUCCUUCUUUCAUUCCCUUUCUUUCUUGUUCUAUAUUUUCUUCUCAUUCUUUUAUCUUUUUUCUUCCCUUUUUCCAUCUCCUUUUCUAGUCUUUCUUUUUCCUUCUAUCUUCUUUUCGUCCCUUUCUUUAUCCUUUUCUCUUCUUUAUUUUUCUUUCAGUCUUCUUUUCUCCCCUUUCUUUUUCUUUUUCUCUCAUUCACUUCUUUUUUUUCCUCUUUUUUAACGAAUCCUUUCCCACCCACGAAACGCAUUUACCAAACAGUUUUCCCUUUACUUAACGAAGUUGUUCAUAGCUCCAUAGAAAACCUUGUUUAUAACAUUAUGAGGCAAAGUCAGGCCAUGUCUUUUUCUUUUUAUCUACCUCUGUCCAUAUCUAUCUAUCUCACUCAGUCUGUUCAUAUCUAUCUAUCUAUCUAUCUAUCUAUCUGUUCAUAUCUAUCUAUAUCUCAGUCUGUUCAUAUCUAUCUAUCUAUCUAUCUAUCUAUCUAUCUAUCUAUGUCCUUUCAUUAUCUAUCUAUCUAUCUAUCUAUCUAUCUAUCUAUCUAUCUAUCUAUCUAUGUAAUUCAGUUUGUUCUAUCUAUCUAUCUAUCUAUCUAUCUAAGGCAUUUAAUUAUACCUACCUACAUCUAUCUAUCUAUCUAUCUAUCUAUCUAUCUAUCUAUCUUAGUCUGA